GGCCGCCCAGCCCCUCCCCUUGGCCAGAUGGAUGCCUCUGCCCCCAAGCCUCGCGCGGAAGCCGCCGGCAAAGACAUAUGGCAUCCAGGAGAAAGAUGUCUUGCCCCUUCUCCAGAUAAUGAGACACUUUGUGAAGCAAGCAUAAAAUCUGUCACAGUGGAUGAAAAUGGGAAAUCAUUUGCAAUCAUCUUAUAUUCAGAUUUUCAAGAAAGGAAAGUACCUCUUAAAAGAAUUCAUGAAGUUAAAUCUGUUAAAGAUUGCUCCAGGAAUUUUAUAUUUGAUGAUGAAGAUUUGGAAAAACCUUAUUUCCCAGACCGAAAAUUUCCAUCAUCUGCCGUUGCUUUUCCAUUAUCUGAAGACGGAGACUCUAUUCCUUAUACUAUUAACAGGUAUUUGAGAGACUACCAAAGGGAAGGAGCCCAGUUUCUCUAUGCACACUUCAUCCAAGGAAAAGGAUGUAUUCUUGGUGAUGACAUGGGACUUGGGAAAACAGUACAGGUUAUUUCAUUUUUGGCUGCAGUUUUGCAUAAAAAGGGAACUCGUGAGGAUAUUGAAAACAACAUGCCAGAGUUUUUACUAAGAAGUAUGAAAAAGGAAACCCCUUCUAUAGCAAAAAAGAUGUUCUUAAUAGUUGCUCCUCUUUCUGUACUCUACAACUGGAGAGAUGAAUUGGACACCUGGGGAUAUUUCAGAGUCACUAUUUUACAUGGUAACAAAAAAGACUAUGAACUGAUUCGUGUAAAGCAGAGGAAAUGUGAAAUUGCUCUAACAACUUAUGAAACACUGCGCUUAUGUCUGGAUGAACUGAACAGUUUGGAAUGGUCAGCUGUCAUUGUGGAUGAAGCUCAUAGAAUUAAGAAUCCAAAGGCUAGAGUAACAGAAGUUAUGAAAGCUUUAAAAUGUAAUGUCUGCAUUGGCCUCACUGGAACCAUUCUUCAGAACAACAUGAAAGAACUGUGGUGUGUUAUGGACUGGGCUGUGCCAGGACUUUUAGGUAGUAGGAUCUACUUCAAGAAGCAGUUUUCUGACCCAGUAGAACAUGGUCAGAGACACACAGCAACAAAAAGAGAACUAGCUACUGGCCGAAAGGCCAUGCAAAGGCUUGCAAAGAAGAUGUCUGGCUGGUUUCUCCGGCGUACCAAGACUCUGAUCAAGGAUCAGUUGCCUAAGAAGGAAGACCGGAUGGUGUAUUGUUCUCUGACAGAUUUUCAGAAAGCUGUCUAUCGAACAGUAUUAGAAACAAAAGAUGUGACUUUGAUACUUCAGUCUUCUGAGCCUUGUAGCUGUAACAGUGGCCGGAAAAAGAGAAAUUGUUGUUUCAAGACCAAUUCACAUGGCGAAACAGUGAAAACCUUGUAUUUCAGUUACCUUGCAGUCCUUCAAAAGGUAGCUAACCAUGUUGCACUACUGCAGACUGCUAGCACCUCCAAACAACAGGAAACACUUAUCAAAAGGAUAUGUGAUCAGGUAUUUUCCAAAUUCCCAGAUUUUGUGCAGAAAAGCAAAGAUGCAGCCUUUGAAACACUCUCUGACCCAAAGUACAGUGGUAAGAUGAAGGUCCUUCAGCAGCUUUUAAAUCAUUGUAGGAAAAACAAAGAUAAAAUACUUCUUUUCUCCUUUUCCACCAAGUUACUUGAUGUUCUGCAGCAAUACUGUAUGGCAGCUGGCCUUGAUUACCGACGACUUGAUGGAAGUACGAAAUCAGAGGAAAGAAUCAAGAUCGUGAAAGAGUUCAACAGUACACAAGAUGUUAACAUUUGCCUUGUCUCCACAAUAGCAUAUAGGAUUGGGCAAUGCAGGGAUGUGAAAGUGUUUAGGCUGAUAUCUUUGGGAACUGUGGAGGAGAUCAUGUACUUACGACAGGUAUACAAGCAGCAACUUCACUGUGUGGUGGUUGGAAGUGAAAAUGCCAAGCGAUAUUUUGAAGCAGUUCAAGGAUCAAAAGAACAUCGAGGAGAGCUUUUUGGGGUUUAUAAUCUGUUCAAACUAAGGUCCCAAGCAUCUUGUCUUACAAGGGACAUCCUGGAGAGAGAAGGCAAAGUGGAAGCAGGUAUCAUGACAGCCACAACAUGGUUGAAAGAGGAGCCUCCAGUACACAAACAAGAAACGCCUAGAGACCCUGACUGUCAAGAACACAGAGGUCUGGAGCAGCCUGCAGAGUUGCCGACAGAAGAAGCAUGUAAUCUCUGCAGUGAUUUUAGUGAUGAUGAAUCAGUGGGAAGCUCAAGAAUAAAGACUGCUAAAAAGAAAGCCUCUGACUCAAGCAAAGCUUCAGGUCCUCCUGGACAGCUUACCUUACUCCAGUGUGGUUUCUCUAAAUUGUUUGAAACAAAAUGUAAUACAGUUGAGGAAAGUGAUGGAAAUAUUGCCUCUGAUGAUGAAAGUCCUGAUGAACAGCCCAUACAUCUUUCAACAGAAGCCAAAGACGUUAGUUAUCAGAAAAGUCGUGACUCUCUUGGUACUUCAAAACAUCAGAGGUUAGCUAACGUCCUAAAUCCAAAUGAAAAAUAUGUCUUUGAUAAAAGUCAGAACAUUUUAGAACAAAAUAUUUCUUCUGAGUCUGAUGAUGGCAACAAUUUAAAAAAUACAGCUGACCACCAUCACAUUUUACAGAACGUCACAGAAUCAGAAGAUAGUGAUGUCAUCUUUCCCACACAGUAUACAACUCAGAGAUGCCCCAAGAAUGGUGUAAAGUUUAAGCCACUCGUGGAUGGAUCUGACGGUUCUGAAACAGAACAUCCUGUUGAAAUAAGAAAUAAUGGGGAUGAUAGAAAGACUGAUGUCAAAGGAAAUAGUCUAAUUUCAAAACAAUUAAACCUUGAGAAUGUGACCCUGAAAUCUAUUAUGAGAAGAAAAGGCAGUAGUGAUAUUAGUGACGAGUCUGAUGACAUUGAAAUUUUCUCUGAGUCAAGAGCAAGAAAGCAAAGACCUACUAGUUCUUUGAGGUUUAAGAGAAAAAAGGAAGAUAAAAAGGAGCUUCACACUUGUCCUAAAACCAUGAAGAAAACAAAUCAACUGUAUGCAGCAGAUGGGGAUUGUAGCUCUCAGGCUAUCGAUGAUUUUUCAUCCUCAGAUGAUGAUUUAACUGUUCGCCACAUCAGUUUCUCUAAACAGAGCCAUACACGAAAAACUCUAAAAGAUAGGGUCGUUUUCUCUUCAAAAUUACCUAGCCAUAAGAAAAAUAGCACUUUUAUGCCAAAACAAUCAAUGCAGUUUUCAAAUGAGAGAGUUGUCAAUCAAGAGCAAAUGUAUGAAUCAAUGGAUAAAUUUUUAGAUGGCGUUCAGGAAGUGGCUUAUAUUCACUCAAACCAGAAUGUGAUUGGAUCAAGCAAAGCUGAAAAUCACAUGAGCCGAUGGGCAGCACGUGAUGUCUUUGAAUUGAAGCAGUUUUCCCAGCUUCCUGCUAACAUAGCCGUUUGCACUUCUAAGACACAUAAAGAAAAAAUGAAGACAGAUAUAUUGACACUUUCAAAGAAAGACCAACAACUAAGUGAAGGAAACAUUUCAUUUCCCCUUUACAUUUCACACCCUGUAAGCCAAAAGAAGAAAAAAGUCUACCGCACAGACCAGACCACCUUUAUAAUUGGAGAAACGCCAAAAGGGAUCCGCAGAAAACAAUUUGAAGAAAUGGCUUCUUAUUUUAACUUGCCUUCUGUAAAGGAAUUUGCUAAAAAUAUAACUAAUGCUACAUCAGAAGAACGACAGAAAAUGCUAAAAGACUUUUAUGCUUCUCAGUAUCCGGAGGUAAAAGAAUUUUUUGUGGAUUUUGCUUCAGAAUGCAUUAAAACUUCCUGUCAGAAAAGAGAGAGAGUCAGGAAUAAAUCUGAAAAAACAGAAUCUCUUAUAAAAGAAGGGCUGUCAGAUUCUGCAACUUUGGCACUUAAAGAUUCUCCCAAAAGAGUUUCUCAAAUUUGCAGCCCAAAAAUAUAUAAAGAAAAAUCCAUUGAGUUUCAAAAUCACGGUUCCCAUAGGGAACAGGUACUUUCUAAUGACGGAGAGACUACCAAAUCACGUAUGAGCUCUACCCAAGAGACUGACAAUGGAAAAAACAGCCAAGCAUCCAAAGAUACUGUAGUAUCCUGUUCCCUGAACAGUAAGUCUGAAGCAUAUGAGUUAGAAAAAUUAGAAAAUACUAUGAAAGAGCAACAAAACCCAACAAGAACAGGCAUUUCAAGACACGGACCCCUUUUCAAAGUGGAAAACAAGAAGGUAGAAAAUCCAGUGUUAGGAAACACUUCUGUGGUAGGCUUACUUGGCGACACAUCUAUUCUUGAUGACCUCUUUAAUAGUUAUGGGAACAGUCCCACACAGCUGCCAAAGAAAGUUCUUUCAGGGCCCAUGGAAAAAGCAAAACAGAGACCAAAAGAUUUCUGGGACAUCUUGAAUGAACAGAAUGACGACAGCCUUAGUAAACUCACUGACUUGGCAGUGAUAGAGACUCUAUGUGAAAAAGUGCCCCUUGCCGCAUCCUCCAAAAGGAAAGAAGAGCUGGAAACUUCGCUUUGGAAAUCAAAUGAGAAAUUUUUGUGGAAAAAAUUUAGCUUAAGUGAUACAGAUGAAAACACAACUAGUGCACAAAACUAA